GGCGGGGCACAGGCAGGGGCGGGUGUUCUGGGCAACCUUUCUGAGUUCCUUCCUCCCAGGGAAGCUGCGAGCCUCGAAGUGCGUUUGGGCUCGCCGUUCAGUACCGCGCGAGUCUGUCAGGAGCAGGAUGGCGGCUUCAGGCGAGGCGCGCCGGGUGCUGGUGUACGGCGGCAGGGGCGCUCUGGGCUCGCGCUGCGUACAGGCCUUCCGGGCCCGCAACUGGUGGGUUGCCAGCAUCGAUGUGGUGGAGAACGAAGAGGCCAGUGCCAGCGUGGUUGUUAAGAUGACAGAUUCAUUCACAGAGCAGGCUGACCAGGUCACUGCUGAUGUUGGAAAGCUCCUAGGUGACCAGAAGGUGGAUGCAAUUCUCUGUGUGGCUGGAGGAUGGGCCGGGGGCAAUGCCAAAUCCAAGUCGCUUUUUAAAAACUGUGACAUGAUGUGGAAGCAGAGUAUGUGGACAUCCACUAUCUCCAGCCACUUGGCCACAAAGCACCUGAAGGAAGGAGGCCUCUUGACCCUGGCUGGGGCCAAAGCUGCCUUGGAUGGGACUCCUGGGAUGAUCGGCUAUGGCAUGGCCAAGGGAGCCGUCCAUCAGCUCUGCCAGAGCCUGGCAGGGAAGAACAGUGGCAUGCCCCCUGGGGCUGCUGCCAUUGCUGUGCUCCCCGUUACCCUGGAUACCCCGAUGAACAGGAAAUCAAUGCCUGAGGCAGACUUCAGCUCCUGGACACCCUUAGAGUUCCUGGUGGAAACCUUCCAUGACUGGAUCACUGGGAACAAACGGCCAAACUCAGGAAGCCUAAUCCAGGUGGUAACCACAGAUGGGAAGACAGAGCUUACUCCAGCAUAUUUCUAAGCUGCAUCUCAGUGCCUGGGAGAGCCCUCUCGAAACAUCACUAACCUGUCUGUAUUGCCGAAUCUGGCCCCAUGUUUUCUGUAUUCCUGUUUGUGGUAGGAGAUAACCAGUCUUGUUUGUUUCUUACAUGGCAUUCCUUUGUUGUCCUGGGAUGGUGAGGUAUGUUUAUGGGAAAUGAGCAGAGGCCUGUAGGUAGCACCUGAGGGUCCAGGGAGGUAUAUGGACAGGCCUGCAUCACAGCAUCCUAGACUUCUUUGGAGACCCGUUUGAUAGUACUUUCAGUUUUUGGCAUUUGGGGUACUUUGAAAUCCAACUUGUUUUUAAAUUCCAUGUUGGUGCCAUAGAUGUAGUUUUUACAGCCUGAAAAUUAACUGCCAUGAACAUUCUUUGGUGAUGUAAGCAAGUAAAACCCAAUGGACUCUGUUGUGAUAUCCUUUUGUGUUCCAGCCUAGGCUAAGUGUUUGUGAAAGCCAUUUGUGAGUGCUUGGAGUGUUCUUCCUAAUAAACACACUUCAUGUCUUGUGUUGUCUUUUUCACUCAA